AAACAGCAAAAAAGAGUUGUUUUAGCAUAUGAAAAGAGCCAUGGCGAUGAAGCAGAUGUUAUUGGUUAUUCUUCUGCUAGCAGUUGUGCAAGCAGAAGAGUUUUCCCCCUUUGAAACCUCUUUGCCCUCUGAGACAGAAACCCUUCUGCCUUUCGACACUUCUAUGCCUUCAUUUUUAUCAAAAACCCCAUCAACUCCACAAACACCAGAGGCCUUCUUCCCUCAAGACAGUCAUGUCAAUCCAGACAGCAGUUGCAGAAUCAAGUGCGGAACUAAGUGCUUCAAAGCCAAGAUUCCCGUCAUCCGCAGCCUGUGUGAUAAAACUUGUAUGGAAAGAUGCAAGCUUUCAGACUUGGAAUUGCUCUCCAAGUGCACCACCAGUUGUUCCCAAUCCAUGCCUUCUAUUUUUAGAACUGAUAAAGAGGUCACAGAAGGGUAUGUGGAUCACUGCUAUCAAAAGUGCAUGAGCAGGAGGAACUAAUUAACAGGAUUUUAUUUUCGAUCAUUUCAUUAUGUAAUUAUACUUGAGAAUAAAAAAAUUAUGAGAUUUACUCUUUAUUUUUAAUAAAUCUUAUGAUGAGUU